AUGAGUGAGUCUGACGCCAAACUGAGUAAGAAGUAAGUAUUGCAUUAAACACCCGCCACCACACCAAACCAAUAUUAUAAUGCUACUGUCAAAGAGCACGUUUUUGUGUGCACUUGGCAUGAGAUAUACGUCGCGCCAAUUUCAGAUUACAACUGCCUCAUACAACACCUUUAAAAAUCGGUGGGUGUGCGUGUGUGGGUGAUUUAAUGGAGAAAAAUAUAAUUUUUAAUCAUUAAUUAAUCUAAUUUCAGUGAGCAAAAAAGGAGAGCAAAGCAACUCCAAAAAGAGCAAGAAAAGUUGGAGAAAGAAGCUGCGAAAUUAACAAUCGAAGGAGAAGGAACCAAAAAAGUUGUCAAAGAAGCUGAUCCUUCGGAUCCUCAAGAAUAUUUCAACAUGAGAGUUCGAAUGAUCGAAUCUCGACGUGCUGCUGGAGAUAAUCCAUUCCCACACAAAUUCAAUGUCACUAUUUCCUUGACUGAAUUCAUUGAGAAAUAUUCGAGUUUGGAAAAAGAACAAGUUUCAAAUGAUAUUGUAUCGGUUGCUGGAAGAAUUUUCUCGAAAAGAGAAUCAGGAAGCAAAUUGGUAUUCUACGAUAUUCAUGGAGAAGGAACUAGACUUCAGGUAUUAUUGAAUUUUUGAAUAUCAGUUCAUAAAUAGUCUUUUUCAGAUCAUGGCCAAUGCCCGUGUUCACACUGGAUCUGUUGAUUUUGUUGAAUUACACGAUCGAAUCAAACGUGGUGACAUUGUUGGAUUCACAGGUCAACCAACAAGAACCAAAACUGGAGAAUUAUCUCUUCUUCCAUCUGAAGUUGUUCAACUUACUCCAUGUCUUCAUAUGCUUCCACAUACUCAUUAUGGAAUUAAAGACAAGGAACUUCGUUUCCGUAAACGUUAUCUCGAUUUGAUUCUCAAUCCACAAGUCAAAAAUAACUUUGUUAUUCGUUCAAAAAUCAUUACAUAUCUUCGUCGAUUCUUGGACAAUUUGGGAUUCUUGGAAGUCGAAACACCAAUAAUGAAUCAAAUUGCUGGUGGAGCCACGGCAAAACCAUUCAUCACUCAUCACAACGAUUUGGAUAUGAAUCUCUUCUUGAGAAUUGCUCCAGAAUUAUAUCACAAAAUGCUUGUUGUUGGAGGAAUUGAUAGAGUUUACGAAGUCGGAAGAUUGUUCAGAAACGAAGGAAUUGAUUUGACUCAUAAUCCAGAAUUCACAACUUGCGAAUUUUAUAUGGCAUAUGCUGAUUAUGAAGAUGUUAUUCAAUUAACCGAAGAUUUGUUGAGUGGAAUGGUAAAAGCCAUUAGAGGAACUUACAAAAUUGAAUAUCAUCCAAAUGGACCAGACACCGAACCAGUCUACGAAGUUGAUUUCACACCACCAUUCAAAAGAAUCAAUAUGUAUGAAGGACUUGCUGCCGAACUCGGAGUUACUCUUCCAGAUCCAGCUACAUUGCAUACCGAAGAGGCUCGAUUGGCUUUCGAUAAAUUGUGCCGUGACAAAAAUGUCGAUUGUUCGGAACCAAGAACAACUGCACGUUUGUUGGACAAACUUGUUGGUGAAUACUUAGAAAGCAAAUGUAUUUCUCCAACUUUCCUUAUCGGACAUCCACAAAUCAUGAGUCCUUUGGCUAAAUGGCACAGGUAAAAUUAUUUUGAUUUUCUUUUUUAAUUUUCAACAAAUGAGGGAGAUUCCAAAAUUUUUUCCAAACAUGUUAGUUUUCUUGUUCUUUGGAACUUGAAGUCGCGCAUAGUUCUAUUUACAAAUCAUUCUAAAUGUUAUUGUUUGUUUAGAAACACUCCUGGACUCACUGAACGAUUCGAAUUGUUCGCUGUUACAAGAGAAAUCGCCAAUGCAUACACUGAGUUGAAUGAUCCAAUCACACAACGUCAACGUUUCGAACAACAAGCCAAAGACAAAGAUGCAGGAGAUGAUGAAGCUCAAGUUAUUGAUGAAACAUUCUGUAAUGCUUUAGAAUACGGUUUGCCUCCAACUGGUGGAUGGGGAAUGGGAAUUGAUCGAUUGACCAUGAUUUUGACUGAUAACAACAAUAUCAAGGUAUUCAUAUUUAUUUAGAAUAGGAUUAUUUUCAUAAUUUAAUUAAUUUACAGGAAGUUUUGUUAUUCCCAGCCAUGCGUCCAGAAGAAGGAAUUGAGAAGAAAUCUGAUCCAGCUUCAACGGCCUAA